AAGUUCAAAUAACUCAUAUCAUGUCUUAAAAAUGAUUUUUCUUCGGAAGAUUUCUUUGAAUUGGCGCCUAGCCUUUUUUAGCCUUAGCCCACCCGCGGCUGUAAUGCCUCAGAUGAUGAUGAUGAUGCCUAACCCUGUGAACCUUGUCGGAAUUCGCACGAAGGUUUAUAUUUGGUUGUAACCGCCCAUGUCAGUUGACGGGCAGAGGGUUAACCUGUAUUUUCAUCUGGUGUCUCAGUGCCAAAACGCAAGUAGUUCAGCAUCUAGCCUAGCGUCAAUUAGUGGAUUUAUUAGUAUCGCUACUUGACACUAGAUGUCACCAGUAUCGCGACCUUCCGACUGACGAAAAAUGUAUCGCUAAAACAAUUUACAACUAAUAUUACAAGCAGAAGCAGUUAAAUAGAGUUCCGGUUAAAAUAUUAGCUGAAAAUUGUUGAGAAUUAGAUUUUUCGUUCGUCGUGACAUCUAUUGUCAACUAGCAGUAACGAUAAAUUCGCUGCUUGAAGCUAUUAUAUUAUGUCGACUAUGAAAAUAACUCGCGUUUUGGUAAGAAAACCGAUGUAUGGAGUUAGAAUAGAACUCUUUUCUUACUUAUUUUCUGUAUGAAUGCAUAGAUGGUAGGACUAGAUUCAUGCGAUAAUGUAAUAGGUAUUUUUAAUGCUUACGUUAGGCAUAUUCAUGAAAAUCAUUGUGUUGUAUUUAGUUAGGUGGGUUGUGCAACAAAAAAUAUAUACACUAAAGAAUAACACACGCGGCACAAUUUUAUUUAUUUAUAUACCUAAUUCUAUGUCUGUCUCUUCUGUCAGCUAAUCAGCUUUUAUCUUCCGUGCGUUAAGAUAUUUCCAUUAAUUCAAUUCGGCAAAACGCUAUUCAAGAUCAAUUUAAUUUACAUAACCAAUGCCAGGCUCUCUAUCAAGAAAUUAUGGUAAGAGGUCUGUUAGCCUGUGUAAUUUAUUUUAACUUAUAAAAUUUUACGUAUUAUUUUAAAAUAAAAAUUAUAUUAAUUUGUUUUGUUUAGAGGAAUAAUGUGAACUUUCUGAACGCUUAUGACAGAUUAUAACAAAUGUCAUACCUACCGCGAACAACGUUCGACAUGUUGUCUUUCUGUCGCACUUGUAAAUUCGUACAUAAGUGUGACAGGAAAACAACACGUAGAACGUGUUUAUGACCCGGCUCGGCUGAAGUGUUGAAGUCAUCGAAUAAUGAAUAAUAUUAAUUAAUAAACAAAAAUAACAUGGGCUGGGCGUGGUGUUAGAUAGUCUUUUGUUUUAUUCUACAUUACACAAGGCGAUAAAAUCAUGGAUUUACCUAACGCUUAGCACAUGUUAGAGGGGCAGGAGUUGAAUUAAGAGACAAUAUAAUGUAUGUAACUGACCAAGAUGAUGAAGAUUCUAAGCAAGGUAUAAAGAAUCCAGUGACACGGGCACUGAUGCGCCAGCAGCUGGUUCUCUUGCUGCAUGCGCGCAAGUGCAUGAGUCGUGACAUUCAGGAACCGGCAGAUUGGCUGUGUGCUGUGCCAAACUGCGGAGCCAUGAGGGAAAUUCUCGACCACCUAAUGAGUUGUCGAGCAUCAAAUUGUAGUCAACCUAAUUGUUCUACAUCGAGACAAAUAUUAAAUCAUUGGAGAAACUGCAUAAACGAGAACUGCCAACUCUGUCUGCCGCUUAAAAUGGGAAAAGCCAAGGACUGGCACUACUCGUUGACGGUGAAACAGAGAAACCACCUUAUAGAGCUUAUAGUCCAAAAAUGUCCAAAAACGUUCCUGGUAACGAGAGCGGAAAACGAAAUAUACAAAAUGGCGAACAGUCUAGAGGAUUAUUACCGUAUAAUGGCUGCGAAAAUGGUGGAUGUGCAGUUAGACAAUAAACCUUUAAGAUUACAUCGCUUCCUCAAUAAUUUCCGAUCUCGCUUGAAUCUUGAAGAAUUAGACUAAAACUAGGGACAUAUCAAAUUAUUUUAUAAGUUUUUUUUCAUGUUUUUAAGUAGCCACCAUAGAGAAAUAUAAGUAAGAAAAGAGUGCGAACUCCAUACAUUAGUAGCGUCAAUACCAUUUUUUUUAAUUAAAAACUGAUCGGCGAUUGGCUCUAGUCACACCUGAUGGAAAGUGAAGACAGGGCUUAAGAUGGAGAUCACCGGUUCAGUAGGUAGGUAGGUAGGUCGGUUUAUCAGUUUAUCAGUACAGCUUUUUGACACCAGGGGGCUUACCGCGAAAUUCGCAAAUUGCGGGGAUCUUUCUCUUUUACUCUUACUUUUUUUUUUCUUUUUUUUUUAGAGUGAAAGAGAAAAAUGCCCGCAAUUGACGAACUUCGAUUUUCCCGGUAGGAGCCCAGAUGUGACGACGGUCGCGACUGGCGAAAAAUGUAUUGCCAAAACAAUUUACAACUAAUGUUACAAGCAGAAAGAGUUGAAAAUAGAGUUCCAGUUAAUCCGGUUGUAAUAUUAGCUGAAAAUUGUUGAGCAUUCGUUCGACGCGACAUCUAUUCUCAACUAGUAGUACUGAUCAAUUCCCUACUUGACGCUAGAUGUCAACUGCGAAAAUAACUCGCGUUUUGGUAAGAUAGCUGAUGUAUGGAGUUAGCACUCCCUUAAUUAAAUUUCUCUAUGAUUUUAUUCAGAAAAUAAUCAUAGAACGGGUCACCUGGGUCGCUGACUCGCUACUGCCGGAUUAUUGGGCAUGCCGGAAUACUGAGUUCCUGCUAGUACCUACAAUGGUACAAUCAAGUGAAGAAAGAGAAAGAAUAUAAAAUACAAUAAUAAAACAGGCCAAGUGCGACUCGGACUCAUACCCUGAGGGUUCCUUUCCAUCACACAUUUUUUUACAAUAAAUAUGUUUUCCUUUAGUCCGAGUCACGCUUAACCUGUUUACUUUAUAAUUUUCCGUGGUAUCUGACAAAUAUCACUUAGACAUAUACACAGCGAUUAUAUAUAUUUUUAAAAUACUUAAGUAAUGAAAUUGCUUAUAUGUUUUUUGUUUUAUUUUACCUAUAUAUUUAGUGUAAAUUAUAAACAAUUAAACAUUUUUUUUAAUCGC